AUGCCAUCAUCAUUAAAUUUUUCGGUGGAAAAUUUAAUUAGUAAUCAUCAUUAUCAUUAUCAUCAUCGUCACAAUCAUCACCAUUAUCGUCAUCAUCACCAUCAACAUCACUAUCAUCAUCAUCACCAACAACAACAACAACAACGAGAAAUAUAUUCUAGUGAGCGUAGCUCAGAUCAAACAUCCGAAGCUGAUAUUAUUUCACAUCCAAAAAUCCUAUCAUCCAAUGAGGAUGUUAUUUCACCAGCAUUUACUGCUACCCUCAAUAAGCUAUCAUCUGUUCAACUUAAAAGUUCUACGUUGAAUCAACAUUUUUCGAAUGUAAAAUCAACCGAAUCCCAUGAACAUUCAACUGAAUUAGCUACAAGUCCAAAUGAAUGCAUACCGGGAACAAGUCGAGAAUUAUUUUUACCAAAUAUAAUAGCUAAUCAGAGUUACAAAUCUGAUUAUCAAACUGUUACAAGAAAUAAAAACAACAACAACAACAACAACAAUAACAACAACAAUAAUAACAAUAGUAAUAAUAAUAGUACUAAUAAUUGUAAUAGUAAUAAUAAUUCAAUUUCGCCAACAUCUUGCCAUCCGAUUGUAUGCUUAUCAGCGCCAAUUCCACAAACGCUAUCCUAUUUUGAUGUUUUACUCCCACAUAUUCAGAUGGCAUCAACAAAUCCUUUUAUUAUGGGUGUCAAUGAUAACGAUAUCUGUCAUAAUCAACAAAAAUUAUGGUCACAACAAUGGAUUGAACUUAUUCAACAAUCUGGUUAUCGACAUUUUGAUGAAACUACCGCUGGCCUCUUUUUACAACCGUUUCGAAAGAAUAAAAGAAUUCGUACCGCUUUUUCACCCCAACAAUUGGUUGAACUUGAAAAAGCAUUCGAAUUAAAUCAUUAUGUGAUUGGAAAUGAACGUCGAGAAUUAGCAACCAGUCUUUCACUUACCGAAACACAGGUUAAAGUAUGGUUCCAGAAUCGUCGUACCAAACAUAAGCGAGUUAAAUUAGAUUCCGGAAAAGCAACAAAUUCGAAAGGCACUGAAUGA